AUGACAUGGAAGAUGCUGGUGUUUUUUGCUCUCAAUUUGUACAGCCACGAGGCGAAGCCGUUCUCCUGGCGGAAGCAGAACAACUUUGGGACCGCGUCGAAUUGGCUGAACAAGAGACAACCCUGCCCCGGCGACCAUAUCCACAUCGACUCGCUGAACGAGGUGGCCACCGCCAUUGAUAUCAAUUUGGAUGUCGCUAAAAUCCUGUUCCCCGACACGGGCGUCAUGUUCUUCGGCAAGGGCGUGGCGAUUGGCGCCGACAAGCAGGAAUCUUGCCCCGAACGCGCCGACGCCGACGAGUACCCAUCGCCAGAGGUGUACUUCGAGGACGACGAGUUUCUGAGCGUGUUCGACCCGGCGUCGUGGGCGAGUGUGGAACCCCGAGAUUUGCAUAUGAACCAGAUACCCAGUCAAAAGGAUGACGUCACAAUCGACGGGAACUGGGCCACGCAGAUGAUGGUCGAGGACACGUGGUACUUGCGCUCGUUGAACAUCGCCGGCCGGGUUGAAGAAGGAAAAAGGCUCAAAAAC